CCUCAUUUUCUCUCCUAAAUCACCUGUACCAAACACACGCUAAAGGCAUAUAGUCUGAUAGAGAGGUGCGAUGAAAUUGAAGCUUCACUCCUAUUGGAGUUAGUUAAAGUUGCUUCUUCGUUUCUCCUUCUUCUACUAAGCACACUCACCAUCGUGAGAAGUGAAACGCAGAGCCUCCGCCGUAGAAUUCCAUCCAGAUCUACAGUAACAACUACACUGCUUGAUACUGAUGAAUAGCUCUGGAGUACUUAAGUCUUCAAGUUCUGAGUUAGAUCUCGAUCGACCCAACAUUGAGGAUUACCUCCCUUCAGGAGCUGCCAUUCAACAAGAACCUCGCGGAAAGCUUCGCCUGCACGACUUGCUCGAUAUUUCUCCUACGCUAUCUGAGGCUGCCGGUGCUAUUGUAGAUGACUCGUUCACAAGAUGUUUCAAGUCAAAUCCUCCAGAACCAUGGAAUUGGAACAUUUAUUUGUUUCCUUUGUGGUGUUUCGGAGUUUUACUUCGAUAUUUGAUAGUAUUCCCUACAAGGGUUCUUGUGUUAACAAUAGGAUGGAUAAUAUUUCUUUCCUCCUUCAUUCCAGUGCACUUCCUAUUGAAAGGACAUGACAGGUUGAGGAGGAGUAUUGAGAGGUCUUUGGUAGAGAUGAUAUGCAGUUUCUUUGUUGCAUCUUGGACUGGGGUUGUUAGGUACCAUGGGCCAAGGCCCAGCAGGCGACCGAAACAGGUUUUUGUGGCCAACCACACUUCCAUGAUUGAUUUCAUUGUCUUGGAACAGAUGACUGCAUUUGCUGUUAUUAUGCAGAAACAUCCUGGAUGGGUUGGAUUGUUGCAAAGCACCAUUUUGGAGAGUGUAGGAUGUAUCUGGUUCAAUCGAUCAGAGGCAAAGGAUCGAGAAAUUGUGGCAAGAAAAUUGAGGGAACAUGUCCAGGGAGCUGACAACAAUCCUCUUCUCAUAUUUCCUGAGGGAACUUGUGUAAAUAAUCACUAUACAGUCAUGUUCAAGAAGGGUGCAUUCGAACUUGGCUGCACAGUUUGCCCAGUUGCAAUCAAGUACAACAAAAUAUUUGUCGAUGCUUUUUGGAACAGUCGAAAGCAAUCAUUCACUAAACAUCUGUUGCAGCUAAUGACAUCUUGGGCUGUUGUUUGUGAUGUUUGGUACUUGGAGCCACAAAGUCUGAAGCCAGGAGAGACACCCAUCGAGUUUGCAGAAAGGGUUAGAGACAUAAUCUCAACUCGUGCUGGCCUUAAGAAGGUUCCUUGGGAUGGAUAUCUGAAGUAUUCUCGUCCUAGCCCAAAGCAUAGAGAAAGAAAGCAACAGAACUUUGCUGAGUCGGUGCUGCGGCGCUUGGAAGAAAAAUGACUUGUACCUUUUUUUUUUUUUAUUUUUUUUUUUUAAAGUUUAUGCCACCGUUUAUAUUUAGGUUCAUUUUGUCAUGCAUACAUCAAAAAAAAAAAAAAAAGUUGCCCGAUAAAAUUUGGCAAGGAUGAUCAUUUUCUUGGACAAAUAAACGAAUAUGAGUUAUGUCAAAAAAAAAAAAAGGAGCUAUGUUUUUCAUGGAUGAAUAAUUUGAUGGGGUUCUGGAUCUGAGCUUUCAUUCAAACGUAUUAGCAGUAUCUGUUCAAAAAA